AAUUAUUUUCAUUUGCAUAAAGGAGUGUCGCUCGAAGGAACUUACAGUAAAUUGGCCGGAUCGAAGUAAUAUUGCUAAAAAGGAAGUUGUUUGAGUGUUUAUUUCCAGCUUCAAGCAAAAGCUUUCGAAAGGCACAAGAUGAACUUAAAAGGAAGAAGUACCUUCGCCUUCAUAACAACAGUUGUGUUGAUCUGGAAAGUUGACUCGUAAGGACUGGAAACUGCAUCACUACCAAGGCUAUCAGGUCUUUUCCAUCCUCCGCUGACCAUUUCCGUCCGAAACCAAAACGAAAGGGGAAUUUUAAGUGACUUCUUAAUCCACAUUAUUCGCAAAUGCUUUAUUCCAGAGCGCCCAACAACCGCUUGAUCCAUUGAUAUCACGAUGUUUAACUCUACAGCGGAUUUUAUAGAAAAUAUGAAGGAGAAUAACUCGGAUAUUGCAUUUCCAAUCACGCGUCCUUUAAAGAUGUUUUUGACUGGUGAAAACUACAACGGGUCACGUUUAAUGUUUAAGGAGCUCAUUAAAACUUCAGGGUAUUCUCUGAUCAUGAACGUGAAAAAUUUCAACAGAAAAGCCAAUUCAAUCAUCUUCAACACACUGGGUGAGACGAUCUGGCCUAUUGUCAUCCUCACACUUCUUAUAGCUGGCAUCUCAGGAAUAUGUGUAUGGGCUUUGGAAACUUAUUUCAACGAAGAAGAAUUUCCCCGAUCUUUCACGAAGGGGGUGUACGAGGGAUUUUGGUGGGCCUUCGUCUCCAUGACGACCGUAGGCUAUGGAGACAAGACCCCUAAGUUUGUUUUGGGUCGUAUAUUUGGCGUGUUUUGGAUCUUCCUUGGCUUAGUUGUCAUAGCGAUGUUCACGGCUACAGCUACAAGCGCUCUUACUAUCGAUGCCGAGGCCUUGGCGCGGGUCGCAGGAAACAGGAUCGGUGUAAUGCGGAAUACGACAGCGAUGGUAGACGCAAAUAAACUAGGAGCCAAGGAAGUGAAAGAGUUUUCAUCAAAAGAAGCCAUGCAGCAUGCCCUUCGGGUAGAUGAAAUAGAUGGCAUUUUGAUGGACAAGUACAUGGCUUCCUACAUGGUCUACAAAAUGAAUGACUCAGAUUUCAAAGUAUUUACUGAAUACAGAGCGGAAAUUCCUUAUGAGCUAGCGCAUCGUAAUACCCAGUUCCUCAACAAUAAAUUUAAAGAUGACGGUUGCGCUGGUGUUCUCCUCAGUAAAAGCGAUGUGGACGGCCUCCUUAUCAAGUACCUAAAGCCAGUUGAGGCUUACAACGCCGAUAGUGACUCCAUUAGUUUAUUCUCUGGCAAGAAUCAGUUCACGCGCGAGGUCCUGCUAAUCAUCAUGGGCGUGUUCCUUGGUCUUUUAGCCGUCGGGCUUGUGGCAGAAGUUGUGAUCAGGGCCAUCAAGCGAAGUAAUAAAAAAGUGAAGAACUUUGCAGACGAAAUCGACUUGAAAGAAGUAAAAGUACAUAAUUCCAAAGGACACCUUAAAGAUAUUGAAGACAAAGUGAGUCAAUUGGUGAACGAAGUCGGUAAACUGCAAGAGCAGCUGGCAGCUAUGACUUCUUCAGUAAACGAUACUUUAGGGGGACGAGACACUUCCCACUUUUAGGACGAGAACAAUGGAGGCUGAAUUCCCAGACAACAUCGUCACUAUGCUUCACUGACCAAGAUAGCGACGUUGAAAUUGAGUUUUCUUUAUCCAGUACAGCACCUCCAGCAACCUAACCAAUGACUCGCAAGACUGUUUUUAUAUCUCUCGCAAGUAAGACAUAAUUCGCAUAAAGUGAAAAAAAUGUUCAUCGUUGGAAAUUUGUAAGUGUAAGAGUAUAGCAUUAAUCAAGGUAAAGGGGAAGGUCUUAUUUGAUGAUACAAAUUUCCCUUGGCUUAAACACCAAUGCAUCUGUUAACCUUCUUCGAAGAGACAUCUCUAGCUAUCCCCAUAGGAUCCAGCUCUUGAUGUCCUUGCGACAAAAGUUGCACCACACUAUCAUCUAUGUACGGAAUGGAUACGCAGGAAAUUAGAUUCAGAGGAACUCCCCGAAAAAAGGAAAACAUCCCUUAUCGCAAAGGAAUCCAAAAGAAAGGCGUUUGUAUCAAGUGCUCACCGCGAAUAAUGUAACUACAAUGACAUUUGUUGCUUCUGUUCUCUAUAACGGGGAGAAAACUCGAACAUACAUUUUUUUGCACCUUUUCCUUAAACAAAUGUAUGUUACUUAUUUUCCAUAGGAUCAACCCUUUUUGCUUGGGAGACCAACGCGUGUGUAUGAGUGUAAAUGGGAUUUUCUGUAGUUCAUUAGUAAAUUUCGUUGAGAUAAAAGGGAAUUGAGUCUGUUUCUAGACCAGUACGAAUCCAGACACAGAGCAGUGAGGACAUACUGGUCCUUGAUGAAAAAAAGAAAAAAAGGAAACCCUUUCUGUCUUAAUGUUUCCGACUUCGCCUCAAGCUUCCCAUAGAAAUAGUCUUGUCUGGACGACAACAUUUGCUUAGUCCUUAGGACGUGAAAAGGUCUUAAUAUUUAAGUUAAUGCUUUGUAAAAGUAGCCUAGUAAAAUGUCCAAACUUUAUGAAAAUUAAAGGCUAUGAACUACG